AGCAGCGUCCGUAAUGCAGCAGAUCAAUGCUGAGCGCAGAAUUGCCCGCAGCCACCGCCGCUCCGCAGACACCACGGCCGGCAGCCGGGCUAUCCCCACUGACUUCCCUCUCGGCCAGAGAGCAGCCGAACCCGCGGGUGUCCAGCAGGGACGGAACCAGCCGCAGAGCAGAGGAGGAACGAUGAAGACUGCCGCUGCAGCCGAGAUGUCGGGCCUGCGCUUUUUCGCUCUGACGGCAGCUCUUCUGAUCUGCGGCGAGGCCUCCAUCCAGGAGUCAGGCCCAGACCCGACCCCGCUAAGUCAGUUCCAGGACGAAGGCUUGGCCCGAUCUUAUCUCAUCCAGGAGCUGAUCAGAAUCAAGCGUGGCUCUGCGGCAGACUUGGUGCGAGUGCAGCCUCAGCAGGUCCAUGACCUGAGCUGGUCGGCAAUUCACGAGAUGGAGACUGCUAACUUGACCCAGUCUCCCCGAGGGUCGGAAGCUGUGGACGACAACUUAAACGUGAAGGAUGAGAUGGAGCGGAUGGUUCACCUGGUGCUUCCCCAAGAUGCUGCCGUCUACCGAAGACAACCUGACUCUUCGGGCGCGGAGACCAGUAUCGUGGCCAGGCCUGGAGCUGGAUACUCCUCCGUGGAAUCUUCUGGCUUCUUUGGAACUGACACUGAGGAGCGAGACAGAGCCGAGGAGCGAGAGAGGAGAGCGGGAGAGGAUGAAGCAGAGGAUGAGUGGGAAAGGGAGCCUGAAGACAGAGGAGGGAGAGAAGGCCAGCUGGAGGGAAACCACACCACCCCAGAUUUUGAUGAUCUCAUUGGCUACCGUCCUCACCUUCCCUCUAAGUCGCCUAUCAACUCCUCCCCUGCUGAGGUCCACAAGCCUGGCCUGCAGGAGCUUCACAGACCGCAGCUUCUCCAGGUGUCUGUGGACAGUGACCAAUGGGGGGCAGCAGUGGGCAAAGAUGAAGCUCAUUCCAGUGGCGAUGGAGUCUUCCGUAGCUUUGGGACAGCAACGUUGCCGUCUCUGGUCAGUGCGUCGGCUUCUGAUGUCAAGGCGACCCUCAACCCUGAGACAGACACAGGGACUGACUUUGGACUGAUGGACACGUACACUGAAGCAGAGUGGAAGAAUGCUCCAAGUCGUCACCCGACUGUAGCAGGCGCUGCUGUCUCUCCCAACAGGGACCCGCUGCAGCCCAGCGUCGACCGCUUUGGAGAAGUGCGAUUGGACGACGAUGAAGAGGAGGAGAAGUGGAGGAAGAUAGAGAGAGAGCGGUACUUGCGGACCACAAAUGAACCAUACUUCAGAUUCUCCGGUGCUCCCUGGGAUUGGCCCGAGACGGUCACGCCUGUGCAGGCCAGCCGACCUGAGACCCAGGGACAUGGUGUCACUGAGCUCUACUUCCCGGUGAUUUGCGUCAACUGGAGCGAGCUAGCUGGACGUGGCUACGUCGUCCUGAAUCUGACAGAAAACUUCAACUGCGAGGAGUUCCGGCUGGAUCAGGGUGUGCGCCUGCUGAAGAUCCUGGAACACAAGUUUGCUCGCCGGAUGAACAGCCCCGAGGGCUCGUGGGCUCUUUUCCUCAGCAAGCCCACUCACCUGCAGCACCAGCAGCACCAGCUGCUGAUGAACGUGUUGGCAUCUCGACAUGGGAUCAUAGAAACUAAGGAUGCGCUGGAGAUGCUCGAGGAGGUCAGGAAAAGUCUGAAUCAGAUUGGCAUUGAGAGCUACAGCUCUGCCAGCAGCUGCACCUCCCGGCUCACUAAGACCCGCAGCGACUACGGCAAACUCUUCGUGGUCUUGGUGAUCAUCGGCUCUGUCUGCAUGGUCAUCAUCACAUCUGGAUUCAUCUACAUCUGCUGGCAGAGGCGUCUACCCUCCAGCAAGACCACAAUGCCCAAGCUUCGCGCCGAGGAGCUUCACUAUAUGGAAAACGGUUGCCAUGACAACCCAACGCUGGACAUCGGCAACAACAACCAGCCAGAGAUGCAGGAGAAAAAGCCGAGUGCCAAUGGACAUGCUGGAGGAGGAGACAGAGGAGGCGAGGAGGGAUGUCACUGGCAGGGGUUUGUCAAUCAAGCAGUGACUGAGGAGGAUGAGGAAGAGGAGCAAGACACUCAUCUCUGAUGAACCUGGCGGAAGAGGAGUAGCGAGGUUUUGUCUUUGAGUAGGAGAGGAGCAGGAGGAAUGUUGUCGUGGGAAAGGACUACAGAAGAAAUAAAGGAUGAAAAACAAGGGGAGACGAGGUCUAGUGGGAGGAGUCACUGACAUCAUCCCAAACUCCUCCUAAGGUGAGGAGUUAGUCGGCUUCAACAUGAUUACAUUUAUUAAAUAGUGCUCACCUUUGACUUGCUAACAUGUUGAGAGAGCAACGCUUCUCAUGAUGGUUACAUCAACCAUGUCUGCUCAUUGUGCCUUAUGACUUCUGGAAGAUUUGGAUCUGCAGUGACUCAAGCUUUUCUAGCUCUAAACCCAGUUUUAAAAAACAACAGCAAAAAUAAACUGGCACAAAUCAGAAAAAUUAUGGCCCCAGCGCACAGUCUGUGGGGUCUAUAUGCCUGACAAUUACGGUGACCCGAGAAGCUAAGGAGCCCUUUCGGGUAUCUGUCAAAAUCAGGAAUGCCAGUGACUCCUACUGGGGAUGGAAGGACUUUAAACUGUGAGAUGAAGGCACGUUACGAACGCCUCCUCAUUGAUAUGCUGCAUCAUUCUAAAUGUCUCGCAGUGACUUUUCUCGUUCGCUUCAAGGAACAGUUGCAGCCACAGAGGUCAUUUGCUGAACGUCCUCCGUCAGGUCUGCUCCGUGCGUGCUGUUAGCCUUAAAAUGCUUCGUCAAUCAUGUUGCAAUGGCUGCUUCAAGUUUCUGGCUAACUCGAGCAUGAACAGACAAACUCCAUGUUGUUGAAGUCUGAGUGGUGUAUGUUUAAAAAAAAGACUCACUGAUGAAAGAGCUGAGUCAUCACUCACCAUGUCGGUAUGUUGUACUCUAUAUUGCAGUCUUUCGGGAUCAUGUUGCCAUGUCACGUUUACUUUACUGUGAAGAUGUCAUUAAACAGACUAAAUCUGUAUCUAAA